ACACUCGACUGUGGACAUGUAGAUAAAUAAGGUGGUGUAACUGGUGUAAUUUACGCUGGUGGACACUGCACCGACAGCGAACGAAAGAACCUAUGAGUGCUCGCUGUGUUCGGUUAGUUUGUUAGUUACACCGUGCUGAGAAGAAAACGAUAGUUCUAUUAUUGUGGUUUGUUUAACGUCAACAUAAUUUUUUUAAAAGGGCAGUUCAAUUUAAAAUUUCAGUAAAUGUUUAGUUUUUAUUAAUUAAAUCUGUACUUAUAACAUGUCUGAUCUGAGAAAAUCAAUUUUUGGACUUCAAGGAAAACGGCCAAGUAGAACUUCAGUGUCUCCGGCAAAUAAUUUUGGACCUGUUAAAUGGACUAAAUAUUAUGAAAGAGAGGAAGUUUUAGAUAUAUCAAGAGGCCAGUUUCAUUUUUAUGCCAAAGGCUCUACGGGGCCAAUUUUACUUUGUCUUCAUGGAGGUGGAUAUUCAGGCCUAACAUGGGCAUUAUUUGCAGAAGAGGUUUCAAAAUUGAUAGAGUGCCGGGUUAUUGCAGUUGAUGUAAGAGGCCAUGGAAAUACAGUUACUUCUGACGAUGCUGACUUAUCUUUAGACACCUUAUCUAACGAUGUGGUUGAGAUUGCUUCAAAAUUAAUUGAAGAAAAUCCAUCUCCUAUAAUACUAAUGGGCCACAGCAUGGGUGGUGCAAUAGCAGUUGAGGCAGCUCAUCAUAUUGACAGUGUUGUAGGUCUGUGUGUCAUUGAUGUGGUUGAAGGGACUGCUUUGGAUGCACUGUCAUCCAUGCAGAGCAUUCUGAGAGGCAGACCAUCUCAUUUCAAGAGUCUGCCCCAAGCCAUUCAAUGGUGCUAUAAAGGAGGCCAAACUCAUAAUAUAGAUGCAGCCAAAGUAUCUAUGCCAGGACAAAUAGUGAGCAUAAAAACUGGCAAACUGGCAGCUGAUGAGUGUGACCAGGUACACUGCGACAUCUCCAAUACAUCUAGCAGAGAUGCCAUUUCUUCAUCAUAUGCUCUUGCAGAAGUAGCCGAGGUAGCUGAAGACUCGGAAGAGGCUGAUGCUGACGAUGACCACUGUCCCGAUUGCGGAAAGCCCCCAAUUCCUCCAAAAACUUCAAAGACUGAUAUUUUCAAAUCUCCAAACGUUAAGGAAGAGGGACCAUUGUACAAGUGGAGAAUCGAUCUGAGCAAAACAGAGAAGUUUUGGACUGGUUGGUUCAAAGGAUUGUCCCAGAAAUUUUUGGAUAUACGCAUUCCUAAGUUACUUCUACUAGCCAAUAUCCAUGGACUUGAUACUACUUUGACUGUUGGACAAAUGCAAGGUAAAUUCCAGAUGCAGGUAUUGUCAAGGUCCGGCCAUGCUAUCCACGAAGACCAACCUUAUCAAGUGGCCGAAAUUUUGAGCGCCUAUCUAGUUAAACAACGUAUUGCAACCCCAAAAUCUUUAUUUGUUUGUCCAAGUCUACAUGCUUGUUAAAUGGAUGUUCAAAUUAACUUAAUUACAUGUUUUAUUUUAAUGUUCACACAGCCGUUAUUUUUGAGAUUCAAUGUUUCAAGUUUGUUUGGAUAAACCUAAUACAAAAUGAAGUUAUGAGUGUUUGAUGUAAAUCCAUUAUUUUGGAUACCAAUGAGUAUUCUUGUUUAAGACAGUAUCCUAUUUACUUCGCUUUUUAUACACACUGCAUUUAAUAUUUUUUAUUAUUCCUAAUAAUUUUUUUUAAAGAUUAAACAGUUUUUCGUACUUAACAAGUUUUACAAAUAACAUUGAAUAUAAACCCCUCCUCGCUAGUUUAAUAGAUUAUAACAGACAAGGAACAAUAUUUUGUCACUUUUAUGGCCACUGACAGGAUUUGAUAUUUGACAAAUGAAAGCUGAAUUUCAUUAAUGAUUUUUCUUAGAAUUAUGUGUUAAUAAAGAAAAUAUGUAGGAAUUAUUUAGUUUUUUUAAAACAGUAUAGAUUUUAGAUGAAUUUCCUAUCUCGCUUAUAUUAACCCUGAAAUGGUAUUAUUUUUGCUCUAUUUGAAGUUUAUUACUGAAUAUUAAAUGUAUUCAUAAGAAUGUUGAGGUGUAACAAAUAUGUAUUGAAACUAUUCAAAAUAUUAAAAUUGGAAAUUCAGUGGAAGGUUGAGUAAGUAGGGUGUGUUAAAACUAUUAAAUAUUUGACAUACUUAAAAUGUGUACAGGUUAAUUCUUAAUUCAAAUUAUUCGAGAGCUACCCUUAGAAACAAAUACAAUGAGUUUUGUUAUCUAAAUUUUGAAAUAAUCCAAGUUGGUUUUCUAAUAAAAUUUAAAAAAAUGUUGAAGUCAUCUGGUUAAAGAGAUUUUAAAAGAACUUAUCACUAUUUUUGUAAUAAUUUUGUUUCCAUAUUUUUAAGUAUUAUCGACUUUGUCACUAGUCCAUUCAACAUAGUUUUCAAAUGUUGAGGAGAGUGGAUAAAAACAACAAUGCGACUCAGUAACAAAUGAAUGCCAAAAAAUUUGUAAAAUAUUAAUUUGUUGUUAAUUCACUUUCCAACUUCAGAUGUUCUGUUAAAUGUGUUGUCAGACAAAUAAAAUCAUUGCAUUAUG